AUGAACACUAAAUCUUUCGAUACUCUUGCAGCAGACGAAAAAUUUAAAAUUUUAGAUCAAGGUACUACUGAUCCGUUUGUUACAACGCCAGAAACAAUAGUUCAAGAGCCUAUACACCCAACCGAUAUUCUCUUGGGCCUUUUUUACCAACUUGAUUAUAAUCCGUUCAUGGAUAUGAUGGCAAAAUUUGGGUCGGAAGUCCUGACACUUGUACACCAUCGCCCAUUUUUGGGUGUCGUCGCAUCUCCAUUGCCUAGUUCUUUUGAUCUUUUAACUCCUCCACUGAGCACUCCUUCCAUUUGCAUUAUUCUUACUUUAAAGAUAUUCGUAGAAUAUUAUUCAUUAAAAGACCUUAUUUUCUACACUUAUGAAAUGAUGUUGAUUAAUUUAAAACAUUCUAAUCCUAAUGGAAAGUCCUUUGCAAAUUAUCAUUCAUAUGUUUCUCAAGCCAUUGAACCUAAACAAAAGAAAAAGAUUAUCAAGUUUAGCCAUAACUUGGAGCAACAUUAUACUCCUAUCCAUUAUACAAUACGACCUCCUCCGUCCUUCACGCGGCGUAUGACGAGUAGCUCAAUCAAAAUUUAUAAAGACCAAGGUAUUAACAACCAUGGUUCUUGGGUUGUUGGAACUUAUCAGAAUGAUGACGUUGAUGAGUUCGCUGUGCCUCCAGUCCCACCAUUAGUUAAAUCCUCUCCACGCUGCAUCUCAUAUAAUAACUUGUACGCUGAGAAAGUUGAGGAUAGAACUCAUCCGGGGUUAAGUUACACAAAGGCCUGGAGUAUAUGGGG